AUGAUACUUUUCUUUGACGUCAAUUACGAACCACGAGAAUAUGAUCCUGUAAAAAGCCGCCAGCGAUGUAAAAGUGAGCGCGAUCUGAGACGGUCAAAAUCAGCACGGUCAAGAGCAGGGCGAGCACCUUUGGCAAAAAGUACAAAGGAGCUGAUUGUUGGCUCUCGAACUGGAUCAAGAUCAAAUUUGGCUGGAUCGAGAGGCGCCAACAGAGCAAGACUACCGUCCAAAAACGGCAGCGUAUUUUUAUCUGGAAAUAAAUCGGGAGCAGCUACACAAGACUUUGCUCUUCAGAAGCAAUUAUCGGAGUUACGGACUGAGCUGAGCCGCUUGAAACACUCGAUUCAACUGCUGGAGAAGAAGAAGCAACUCGAAGAACAGAAAGUGAGCACAGUGAUUGACAUCUGCAGUGAGCUAACACCAGAUGAUCCAGAAUUCGACCUCGCGGAAAGAAUCAUCAACGAGAUUUUCGAGCUUGAAUCUGCCAACCAAGGUUUGGAUCGACUACCGAGCAUAUCGAUGCAGUCAACAAACUCGAUUGGUGAAAUGUUUUGA